CCGAGAUUUUUACGGGGAACGCCGGGGAGCGUGGAAGCCAUUCCAGCCUGUCAGUCCUCCGAGUAACCCCAAAAGUGCAGUUCCUGCCUGGAGUGAGGCUCCCCGGAACCUCCCCUGCCCUGGUUUACAGCCCACUGCUCGGGAAGGGCAGUGAGGGCUGGAUCGCCCUCCCGUCACUGCCGUGCGGGUCCCACCCCGCUCCAGGGCGGGGACUUUGCCAGCCAGGGCAGCCCCGGAGCUCUCCCGAUCCGCGCCAGGGCACGGGCUGGGACAGCGGCUGUCUGAGUGCCUGGGACACGGACAAUACCAGAUUGACCAGACCCCAGCACGAUGGCAACAAUCAAGGGAGUCUCGAGCUUCAGUGCUGAGCAAGAGGCACAGGCACUAAGGAAGGCCAUGAAGGGACUUGGCACAGAUGAAGAUGCCAUCAUUGAGACCUUGACCAAACUGAACGUUUCCCAACGCCAGCAAGUUCUGAUCACCUAUAAAAGCACUAUUGGCAGGGAUUUGAUUGAUGACUUGAAGUCUGAGUUGAGUGGGAAUUUUGAAAAGGUGAUUGUUGGUUUGAUGACUCCAACCACCAUGUACGACGUGCAUGAGCUGAGGAGGGCUCUAAAGGGAGCAGGAACAGAUGAAGGCUGCCUGAUUGAAAUCCUGGCCUCUCGCACCAACGGGGAGAUUCGGCAGAUCAACGAGAACUACAAACUCCGUAUGUGGAGCACUCUGCAGUCACACUGACUGGGCACUGGGGGUUUGCUCUGGUGAAAUGAGCUUUUCCUCCUUGUCUUUCCCCAGGGUAACAGAGAUGAGGGAACAUUUGUGGAUGAGGCCCUUGCUCAACAGGAUGCUCAGAGCCUGUAUGAAGCUGGGGAGAAGAGAUGGGGAACAGAUGAGGUGCAGUUCAUGUCCAUCCUCUGCACACGGAACAGGUCCCACCUGCUGAGAGUUUUUGAUGUGUACAGAGGGAUUGCUAAUAAGGACAUCACAGAGAGCAUCAAAUCCGAGAUGUCAGGAGACCUCGAGGAUGCUUUGUUAGCUGUGGUGAAAUGCAUGCGGAAUAAACCGGCAUAUUUUGCUGAAAGAUUGUACAAAUCCAUGAAGGGCCUGGGCACAGAUGACAGCACACUGAUCCGGGUGAUGGUGUCCCGCUCCGAGGUGGACAUGCUCUACAUCCGCAGGGAGUUCCUGGCCAUGUAUGGGAAAUCCCUCCACUCCUUCAUCAAGGGAGAUUGCUCAGGAGACUACAGGAAAGUUCUGCUCAGACUCUGUGGUGGGGAGGAUUAAAGGAGGCCUAGGGGACUGUCUGGGUGAUGGGAAGCAGCUGAUCAUAGAAUUGUUUAGGUUGGAAAAGAUCUUUCAGAUCAUCCAGCCCAAUAAUUAUUUCUUUCAUGUAAUUUUUUUCCCAAAUAUCUUAUUAAUUGCUCUGAUUUUUGCCUUAGGUUAGUUCAUGCUCUGGUUGAUAAUGGCCAUUCUGGUUGGCCAUGGCCAAUCUGCUUUUAUGCUUGGCACACCCAUUUGCCUACUCAUUGGGCUGGUAAAGCCCAGCUUAAACAGAAUGCUGUAACCAAAGAUAUAAAAGUUAAAUUGUUUCCUGACCAGAUGCCCCUUUGCUGUUGUGUUCACCAGCAACACUUGUCAACUGAAGCAAACCUGGAUGCAGAGUGUGAGAGGCUGCCCAGGGAAAAUCUAACCCAUCAGUACCUGGAGAGUGCAGAACACAGGCUUGCUUCAGUUUUUCGAGAUAAUUAGGACACAAAGAACCCGAAUAUCUAAAAUACAAGCAUGUUUACAUCUUAACUGGCCCUCUGUUAGUGUGGAGCAUUAACAGCCUGGCUGCAGGGUAUGUAUAUGUUGCCUAGAGAUCUGUUCAUGGGGAAGAUGUCACUGGUGACAUCAGAAAAGCCUCUUGCUGCCCUGGUUAGAGCAGCCCCGUGUUCUUGGUCUGCCUUCUUCACUCAUGAGAGUAUAAAUAAUAAUGGUUAUGUUACAAACCCUCCUCUAGAUAAAGUGAUACCAUUGGAAUGGUGCCUUUUAGGGAAUGACCUGUCCCCAAAAUCCCACCUCAUGGCCUGGUGCUGGGGCAGCUCCUCAGACCUCCCUGGGGCAGCUCUCUCCAAAUCUCCCUGAAGCUGCUCCCCAGAUGUCCCAGGGGCAGCUCCCCAGUGUCCCUGGGACAUCCCCCCAGACUCCCCCACGUGCCAGCCCCAUGUCACAGGAUCAUGGAGGUGUUUGUGCCUGGGUCUCUCCUGGGUUUCCACACCAACCUCUGACAAAGCUAUUUUCCCCAGACCCUCCAUACCUGCCUGUUCACCUGAGCGCUGUUUUACUACAAAUAUGGGGUUCUUCUUUGGCUUAGUAACUUAUUUUUUACUGCUGGUGAAUAAUCCUGUUCUGAAAAAUCAGACUGAGGCUGGAAUGUCACAGCUGAAACACUGAGGUGGCUGCACCCAAUUCCAUCACUCAUUUUCCUCUGAAAUAGGCUGCUGCUGGCUGGAAUAGGAGAUGCCUCUGUGGCCUUCAAUAAAAUAAUUUUCUUUCUCACUCCUUGGGCUGCCAGUAGAGACACAUUCCUGACUUUUGCUGGGAGAGGAGGCAGAGCUUUAUCCAGUUCUCCCAAGGCCUCUGCUCAGGACAGGGAAAGGUCUGUGCCCAGCACAGGGGCUGCCAGAGCUGCUCGGGCGGGGGGUGGGUUCCAGUGCCUUGUGUCAGGUUGCUGAGCUUUGAAAAAUGAAUAAAGAGUUUGUUUCUGUACUUCC